AUGGCUCCGCAACCAUUAGUUCGAGGGCAAUUCUACGGAUAUGAUGCAUUAGGCAAUUACCGUACUUUCGCUCGUCCACGCGAUCAUGGUGUGUCCUUUUAUCGCGGUACAAACACCGUACUUGUCGAUUGGCCGGAAGGAAAAAUCUCCGGCGCUACUGGUAUUGAAGUGCCAGCUGUUGGUGUCAAUGUGAUCUACAACGCGUACGAUAUUGGAUUUCCUAACCCUCAACGGGCUCUUCGUGAGCUUACAAAGGAUAACCCUGAUCCAUUGAAUCCCGGAACUGGACGAAGAAAGAGCGUCUUGUCGCUGCUCAAAAGGACCUAA